AUGCUCCCCGCGCGAACAGGCCACGAGUCCAAUCCCGCCAGCCCAUUCAAGGCCUCUCGACCAGGAUACGGCCCAGUCAUCAACCAUACCCAGGCCACGCAGCUCGAUCUACCCCUCAGGAUCCAUCCCCUCUUGAACUCUCAGAGCUGGGUCGAGGAGCUCCAGCUGGGGCAUGUCGAGUCUGGCUGGUCUAUCCGUGUCCGAAAUCGCAAGGGAGUCACCUGCGAGGAUGUCCUGUAUGCAAUCUACGACUUCUUCGCCUCGCCACUCUAUGUGGACGAGAUGUCCGAGAUGUUGGAACAGCAAUACUUCGAGAAGCGCCGCAUGGGGUAUUUUGACCUCGAAGAAGGAUACCGCAAAUCCGACUCGCUCCUCGGCGCCACCUACUUUGACGGUUUACACAACGACGCUGAGAGCCUGGAAAGACUUAGGAGGAAGUACAACUUUAGCGCGUCCAACUUGCUACUGCUCCGGCUCGGUAACUGCUAG